AUGAAUCAUGCAGCAUUUGCAGAAGAUGCCCUUAUAGUACAAAGAAUAAACAAAAAGCCUAGAGGGAAGCAAAGUAUUAUGUGGACAACAACUUUUAUUGAUAUUAAUGGCCAAUGUAAAGAGCAGAAAAUGGUAUUUGGAAACAAUUACCCAGAUUCUGAUAUGAAAGGAAAGCCAAAAGGAAUAAAGAAAAUGUUAGAAGAAAGAAAACUUUGGAAAACUGAAUUAAACUUAGAUUGUAAAAAGUGUAAAAAAAAGAAGGAUUUAGGUCGAAUAGACUGUUGCUUGAAAAAAAUUAUGGCCUCUCAACCAGAUUUUGUUAGUCAAAAAUCCACUAUAGUAGAAUUAAUCAAAGGUGCAGCUAAAAAAUAUGCAAAAAAUUAUUGUGAUUAUACAUUGACUGGCUUGCAAAAAAUUGUUCUACAAGCACUUGAGUUGAUAGAUAUCAUUAUAAUUAGGAAAAUGGGGUGA